CGGCCCAACGGCCCAAAAGUCUCAUCACCUCUUACCUUCCUCUCUUCCAAAGGCUCCCUCUUCUCCUUCUUCUUUACCUCUGGAACUAUUUCCACUGCACCGGCGAGAUAAACCCUCAAUCGAACCUAUUGGAUUGCCACCAUUGACGCAAUCGGCAGCUCGAACUUCAAGCUUAAUUUCCAUGGCGCAUCUCUCAUCUUUUCUGUGAAAGUUCUAAUAACACGAUGAAGUUCGCUGCGGUCUCUUUCUCUCAGUCCGGAGCGUCUCGAAGUCUUUUGCACGGAGGUUCAUCUUUCAAUCAAUUGCUGCCCGUUGCUUCAAUUUCAGCUCGCCAAUUUGGUUCAUUCAACUCCAAUUCUCUUUUGGUGUGUGGGUUGUGCAGAACGCUUCGUCAGAGUAGUUCUUUGGUUGAAACUGCCAUUAUGUCAACAAUGAACAACAUCUCCAUUGCUAGAAUAUGCUGCAGACACUCUAGAAAAAAUGCAAGACUGUACUUAAAACGAAAUCAUGAGAUUGCUUCAAGACCCUUUUCAACUUGUGUCUCGCCAUCUAGUUCCACAAAAAAUCCUCUGGUCAUCUGGUUACCCUCACCUUUGGUUUUGGCUUCCCAGGCCAACCAAUCAGUUGCCCCUCAGCGUUCAGAAGAAUGGUUUGCACUAAGGAGAGACAAGCUGACAACAAGCACAUUCAGCACAGCCUUAGGCUUCUGGAAAGGAAACCGACGCAUUGAGCUAUGGCAUGAGAAAGUAUUCCCUUCAGAGAUUCAAAAAACAGAAGCACCACAACAAAAUGCCAUGGAGUGGGGUGUGCUCAAUGAAGUAAACGCCAUUGAUCGAUAUAAAGGCAUAACAGGUCGAGAUGUAAGCUUGUUAGGGUUUGCAACUCACUCAGAACAGCAAUUUGACUGGCUCGGAGCCUCCCCGGACGGCCUAUUGGAAUGCUUUCAAGGUGGUGGAAUCUUGGAAGUAAAAUGUCCAUACAACAAGGGAAAGCCUGAGAAGGGACUGCCUUGGUCGACCAUACCUUUCUAUUACAUGCCACAAGUACAGGGUCAAAUGGAGAUAAUGGGCAGAGAAUGGGCGGAUCUAUAUUGCUGGACACCAAAUGGAAGCACCAUAUUUCGUGUGUGUAGGGAACGUGGUUAUUGGGAUUUGAUACGUGAAAUAUUGAGGGAAUUUUGGUGGGAAAACGUUGUUCCUGCAAAAGAGGCUUUAUUGUUGGGAAGUGAGGAAAAGGCGAAGUCAUAUAAGCCAACGUCCACGCACAAGCAAACUGGACUAGCAAUUGCUAAGAGCAUUAAAUUAGCAAGCGAAGCCAAAUUGUUCUGUAGGGAAAUUGCUGGGCAUGUUGAAUUUUACAGAUAAUUUUUGGUUUGGGUGUAUUGGCUGUUUUUGCCUUGGAAUUACUUUUGCCCCCACAUAUUUUGUUCCAUAAUUUUCAGAUUCAUACUAUUUGAUUACAUGUCA